AGUCACACGGAGGCGGAGCACGGAUGCCUCACGGCCAAGGAUGCGAGAGUCAAACAGCAGGUGGAGACUGACUGCUGAAGGAUAGAACCAGACGAGAACCGACCACAUAAUCUCAAACAAAUUCGAUGACGAAGAGGGGAAAUAUCAAUGACCUGAUAUGCUUUAAACGAGUGGGACCUGAUAGCGUAAACCAUGGUGGACCCAUUGGAACCUGAUGACCAGAGUAAAUUCAGAGGGGCCCAGUUUGAAAGCCCUUCUGCAGCAUCUGAAGCACCAUGUUUACCUGAGCCAGGUGAUGAUAGAGAGAAAGAUAUUAGUGUGGAUUCCAGCCCACAGACAGAGCCCAGUACUGAACCUGUACCGAGCUCUCAAGAACCAUGCCAGCAGCAAAACAGUCAACCAGAAGAGCUAAAACUACAUCUGGACCUUUACAAUUUUGACUCACCAGCUGCAGAAGGCAGUCGGUAUGUACUGACAAGCCCUCGCUCUCUCGAGGCAUGCGCACGAUGUGGACUGAAACCUGUGGAGCUUCUGCCUCGUCCACUGUCUGAUUUUGCCCGUGAGGCACCCGGCCGGAGUAUGCGUGUCGCCACAGGAAUGUUUGAGAUAUAUGAGCGGGAUAGACAUGCUAAACUCCGACACUGCAGAGAGGAGAGAGAGCGGAUUAUCAGAGAGGAGAAGAGGCGAAUUCUGCAGGCAGCUCUAAACAAUAAUGCUGGUCCACUGGCUUCAGAGAAGUCACAGGAAACUGUAAAUGCUGGAUUGUCUCAACAAACCAAUAAUAAUUUAAUAAAUCCAGCCCCAAAAAUAACACCCACUUGCAGUGGUGCACCUAAAAAACAAUCUACAUCAACUACCCCUAAAAGCAUGACAGCAGGUUCAGGACAAGUUACUACAGUGUCCACAUCCAGUUCUCCUCCAAAAGUCAGUCCAGUGAACUCUGCUUCUACUGCUAAAGGAACUUGUUCAAAAAAGUCCAUUGAAGCAGAAUCUGGGGAAAAACCUCAAGGUCCAAAACCUUCAAUAAUCCAACGAUCGAUUCAGUCAGCUCCAGGAGGUCAGGGCUCAAAAAAACCCUCCAGCGCCCAUACAAAGGCUCCAAAUACUUUCCCCAGAUCAGUAACAAAACCUUCCUCCUUUCCAAGGACACCAACUUCACUUGCCCCAAUAGUGUCAAAAUCUGCUGUCCAAAGUCCUGCCAAUGGCAUCACAAGUACGUUUGCACAGCACAAUGGGAACAUCUUCUCUAAAUCAAAGGCUAGAUGCAGAAGCCACUCAUUGGAGUCUUUGCAACGCAGACGUGACACGUUUUGUUCCUCUACUGCUUCAACAACAAACACCACAACUACCACAUGUACCUCCUCUGAAUCUGCUUCCUCAUCCUAUAGCUGGGAAGGGGCAAGAGAUCACUGGGCUAAGACAUCAAGCCCUCAUGCCCGGACUUUAGCUACCUUUAACUCCCUGAUGGGUCGCAGUUUGAGCUUGGGAGAUCUUAGCCACUCUCCACAGACUAUGCAAAAAGUCGAGCGCAUUGUGAAAGAGGUGAAACGACGAGGACUUAAAGCUGUCCCAGAACGAGACAGAAAGAUUGCUGCACUAAUGCUAGCCAGGUACCAAGAGGAGGACAUAAUGAGCCAGACACGCUACGUAGCACACCUGCAAUGGGACAGUGAGCGCAGACUAGAGGAGCUCCGAAGGGGACGUGAAGAAAGGGAGAAACAGAGGGCUGUGCAGCAGUGCCAGCGUGCCUGGCAGUCACAGGUUUCUACCCGGCAGCGCUGGCUUAACCAGCAGGAGCGUGAUGUGGCAGAGGCGAAACUUCGCCAAGCAUUGGAAAGUGAGGAGCGUUGGAAGGAACUGGCUGAGCAACAAGAACGCAGCCGGUUGCAGAAACUGCAACAGACUGCUCGUGAGGAGAAACACAAGAAGGCAUUACAAGAACAGAACCUUAAAUCUAUCGAGGAGGAGCGUGUUGCUAUUCUUGAGCAAGAGAAACUGCUCCUCAAGGAGAAACUGACCAUCGCUGAGCUGAAGCGACAGGAGCGAGAGCACCAAAUUCAAGAGGAGCGUCGUGGACUCAACCGUGCCGAGAAGAGGCGCCAUGCAGCUCUUAUCCAAGAGAUUGCACGCAGAGAAGCGGACGAGCGUGAAGAAGCACGGAGAAUAGCUGAAGAGAAGCUAAGUAGGUCUUUGGAAAACUAUGAGCAAAUACAAGAAAAACGUGGGCAAGAGUUAAAGGAGAAAGCUAAGCGAGAAGAGAAGCAGAUCCAGAAAGCAAGACGGGCCGCUGAACUACGUGAGCAACAGCAGAAGGAACAGAUGGAGGCAAGGGCUAGGGAGGCUGAAAGACGUGCACAACAAGCCACUCAAAUAGCUGAAGAGAGGGCGCGGGAAAAGGCCCAACGUGUGGUUCAAAGCAGGCAGGAAAAAAAUCGACUCCAAAGGCUUAAUCGUCAACGCGUAGAGGAGGAGGAGAAAAAGCGUCGCCUAGAACUGUUGCAGUCCAUUGAGCGCAAACUGGAAAAAAGUGAACAGAUUUUUAGAGAAAAACGUGCAGUUUUGGAAAGUGCUCGAUCCGUGGCACGUGCAUCUUUCCACGUGCGCGAUCGUGUUCGUGAAGAGACAAACAUGCGCACCUUCGACAAGAUGGCCCUGGAGGCUCAGUUGAAAGCAAAUUUAGUUGAGAAGUGAGCACUUCAACUGUGCAACUUAUUUACUCUUUCCAUGCACAUCUGUCUAGAAAUAAGUUGUGCUUGAGCCUACAUGCUAGCCUCAUUGCCAAACUACAGCAACAAUAUUGAUGGUCGUGCCCUUAAGUGUUGUAUUUAAAGAUUCAUUUAUUCCUGAUGCUGGAUCAUUUUCAUCAUGUAAUUUAAAUAAAUAUUUUUCUGUAUUUAUAUAUUUAAAAUUUGAA